UAUUUACGUUGGGCUUUUGUUUGCACUCAAAAUGGUGCUCACUCCAGGUUUGUUGAGGUUAUGUGGAGCAACAAAAAUAUUAUGCUGCAGAUUAAUAUCAUCUGGUCACGCGUCCCAGGUGCUACAUGUAGAACGCCAUUCAGGGAUCGCUCCGCAUUGUUUCUGUGUCGCGCAGAACGUGCGUCUUUUGUUUCCGCUUGUUCUGCCCUGCCGGAACACCAGCUUUUUCAACAAAUUGACAGCGGAGGAGCUGUGGAAAGGCGUGACGAGCGUCAGCAACUCCGGGAAGAAGCGCGGCCGCGGCAAAGCAGUCGGCAGGAAGCUGGCGAGGAACCUCAACCGAGGGCAGGUCAUCGGCGUGGGCCAGGCCAACAUGGUGUGGCCGGGGCUGAACGCGCCGGUGAUCCGCGGCCGGGAGCUGGUGGCCCAGCAGCAGCUGCCCGAGGACAAGGAGCGCCUGGAGAAGCUGCUCAAGCUGAGGGACUCGAUGGGCUCGUUCCGCUCGCUCAAGCUGCUCCCGAUCGAGCGCGGCUGGUCGGGCAGCAAGAUGCCCGGCCGCAGCAUCGGCCCGCCCGAUCCCGUGGGCGAGGAAACUUUUGAAGGUUUUGAUACCAAAGUACUAGAGAUGAAGAUGGUGUUCAACAUGAAGGGCAACCACGGGCGCACGCGCCGCCUAAGCGUGGUGGCCGUGACGGGCAACGGGAACGGCCUGGCGGGCUUCGCGCUGGGCAAGGCCGUCGACACCAAGGCCGCGCUGCGCAAGGCCCGGAACCGGGCGGGCCAGAAGCUGGUGUUCGUGGAGCGCUACCGCGAGCACACGGUGUUCCACGACUUCUUCACCCAGUUCGGCAAGACGAAUGUGUUCGUGCAGAAGAAGCCGGAGGGCUACGGGCUGGUGUGCCACCGGGCCAUCCGGGAGAUCUGCCUCAUGGUCGGGAUCAAGGACCUGCACGCCAGGGUGGAGGGCCCCACCAACCUGCAGCACAUCGUCAAGGCCUUCUUCCUGGGACUCAUCCGGCAGAAAACCCACGAAGAGUUGGCGGAGGAGAAGAGGCUACACCUGGUGGAGUUCCGCAGAGAGAACGACUUCUUCCCCACGGUGGUAGCGUCGCCCACCGUGUGUCGCACCGAGAAGGAGAUCCCGGCUGACGAAGUGCUCGACUUCACCCAGUAUGUGAUGGGCGACAGAGUCGUUCUGCAGAGAAAAAAAUUUCCUCCAUUUUUUACGAAGCUACCAUCUUGGGAAUACAAAGUAAAGAAAAUGGAACAACUGAGAAAUCUCGAUAAGGUGAAGCGACACCUGAUCGCGGAGUACGGCGAGAUCCGCAGCUUCCACGCGGACAAACACCCCGAGUGCCGCCAAGUGCAUCCGAAGCCGCGCGGAGCGGAGGCACAGUCGCAGUCGCAGGAAGCUGAGGCUUGAACGCUGUACGGGGACACGUUGUGCUUCUGAACUUCUUUGUAUCGUUUCUACAUUUGUAAAAUAAAAUAACUCUGUUUUUUAGUUACUAGUUAACAUUUUCAA